GAACUCUUACCUACAAACUCUGCAGGACUUCGACUCCUUCGCGCUUUCCUGAUUUAAUAAAAACGGCCGUCUGAAGCUUUUAACUCACUCCGAGAAGAUCAAAGUCCCGUUAAAGCUCGGCAGGACAGCUGAAAGACUCCAGACUCUGCAGAACUGAAGAACCUGAAGAACCUGAAGAACCUAAACAACUGAAGUGCGUUUAGUGCUCAGCAAUGGCUCGAUAUGCACGAACGAGGGGCUCGAUCGCUUUGAUCACUCUGACUAACCCCCCCGUGAACGCGCUCAGCGCUGUGGUGCGGAAGGGCAUCACUGAGGCGGUGGCGCGGGCGUUCAAGGACACACAAGUGAAGGCUGUGGUGCUGUGUGGGGAAAAUGGAAAAUUCUGUGGAGGUGCUGAUAUUAGAGAGUUUGCUAAGCCCAUGUCGGGGCCUCCUCUGGUGCCCAUGAUCCACGCCAUAGAGGCAGGGGAGAAGCCGGUGGUGGCAGCCAUAGAGGAGAUGGCGCUGGGAGGGGGGCUGGAGCUAGCACUGGGCUGCCAUUACCGCGUCGCUCACGCUAAGGCUCGUCUGGGUCUUCCUGAGGUCGCUCUGGGUUUACUCCCGGCGGCUGGAGGUACACAGCGUUUACCUCGACUGACCGGCAUCCCCGCAGCUCUGGACCUCAUCACUACAGGUCGCCACAUUUCCGCCCAGGAGGCCCUCAAGCUCGGCAUCGUUGACCGGGUCACCGAGGGGAACGCUGUAGAAGCUGCUGUGGAGCUCGCACUGAGCGUUGUAGGUCGUCCCCUGGCCCCCCGCAGGCUGAGCAACCGUGCCACCCCUCUCCCUGCGGAUCUGGACGGUGUAUUUGAGGAGGUGUUGGUGCAGGUGAAGCGGCGGGCGCGUGGUGCGAUGGCCCCGGUGGCCUGCGUGAAGGCGGUCAGAGCGGCGGCCGAGCUGCCCUACAGUCGGGGGAUGGAGUGCGAGAGGGAGCUGAUGAACACGCUGUUUACCUCCGGACAGGCCAGAGCACUGCAGUACUGCUUCUUUGCCCAGAGGGCUGCUGGGAAAUGGAGUCUUCCUAAUGGAGCACGGUGGGACAACAGCAGGCCCAGAGCAGUCCACACAGCCGGGGUCAUAGGUUUGGGCACGAUGGGCCGGGGCAUCGCUGUCUGUCUGGUCAAGGCGGGUAUCUCUGUGGUUGCUGUGGAGACGGAGGAGAAGCAGCUGGAUUUGGGCAGGCGGGCGGUCAAGGGGAUGCUGGAGAGAGAUGCUAAGAGACGAGGGGUCACUGCUCCGCUUCACCUGAUCACCUUCACUCUGUCCCUGCAGCAGCUGAGGGACGUGGACCUGGUCAUCGAGGCCGUGUUUGAGGACAUGGCGCUGAAGAAGAGCGUUUUUACCAAACUGAGCCGAGUGUGCAGACCGAACACUCUGCUCUGCACCAACACUUCCGGACUGGACGUGGAUGAAUUGGCUUCGGUCACUGACCGGCCCCCUCUAGUGGUUGGGAUGCACUUUUUCGCCCCCGCUCACGUGAUGAAGCUCCUGGAGGUCGUCUGUGGACCUCGAUCCUCACCUGAAGCUGUUGCCACGGCAAUGACCAUGGGGAAGAGGCUGGGCAAGGUGAGCAUCGCCGUGGGAAACUGCCCGGGGUUUGUGGGUAACCGCAUGCUGAAGUUGUACUUGGACCAGGCCCACUUCCUGCUGGAGGAGGGCGCCUCACCUGAGCAGGUGGACCAGGCUCUGGAGGAGUUCGGCUUCGCUCUGGGGAUCUUCAAAGUGGCCGAUCUCUCCGGGCUGGACAUCGGCUGGAGAGUUCGGAAAGCGGCCGGACAGAUCGGGCCAGAUGUUGACCCAAAGUUCCCCUCACGUCAUCGCCAGGGCCGCAGGUACUGUCCUCUGCCGGACCUAAUGUGUGAGCAGGGUCGUUUGGGUCAGAAGUCCGGUCGGGGCUGGUACCUGUACGACUCUGUGGGCGGUAAGGAGGCGAGGCCGGACCCGGCCAUCAGCAGCUUCCUGCAGGAGUACCGGCUCCGCUACGGCAUCUCGGCCCGCCCCGUCACCGCGCAGGAGGUGGUGGAGCGCUGUGUGUUCGUUCUAGCUAACGAAGGGUUCCGGAUUCUGGAGGACGGCAUGGCGGCGGGCCCUGAGGAUAUCGACAUGGUGUACGUGUUUGGGUAUGGGUGGCCCCGGCACCGCGGGGGGCCCAUGUUCCACGCCGCUCAGGUGGGCCUAGCCACAGUGCUGCAGAGGCUGGAGUUCUACCAUGGACAGAACCCGGAUGUCCCCCACCUCCAGCCCAGCACCCUGCUCAGGAGACUGGUGGGGGCAGGAAGCCCCCCCAUACAGCAGUGGAAACAACACAUCAGGAGCGUUCACAGCCAGCUGUGACCUCACACACAGCACCAUCCUGCAGUUAUUAAUAACUCAUAAUAACUACAUCAUCACAAUACAGCGCCAUACAGCAGUUAUUAAUAACUCAUUAUAACUACAUCAUCACAAUACAGCGCCAUACAGCAGUUAUUAAUAACUCAUUAUAACUACAUCAUCACAAUACAGCAACAUACAGCAGUUAUUAAUAACUCAUUAUAACUACAUCAUCACAAUACAGCACCACACAGCAGUUAUUAAUAACUCAUUAUAACUACAUCAUCACAAUACAGCACCAUACAGCAGUUAUUAAUAACUCAUUAUAACAUCAUCACAAUACAGCACCACACAGCAGUUAU